AUGCCUGGUCUUACCGCUGACGAGAUUCUUGAUCAAAGUUGGACGGCCUCUAACAGGGUCAAGAAAAUCUGCUGCAUCGGGGCAGGAUAUGUUGGAGGACCGACUUGCGCGGUCAUUGCAAACAAGAACCCCGAUGUCGAUGUCACUGUUGUGGACUUGAACACUACCCGGAUCAAUGCGUGGAAUUCGGACAAUCUUCCCAUCUACGAGCCCGGACUGCCUGACAUUGUCAAGUUAGCUCGCGAUGGCGUCGGCCAACGUCGUCCGAACCUUUUCUUCUCUACAAAUGUUGACGCCGCAAUUGCAGAGGCAGACCUCAUCUUCAUCAGCGUCAACACACCCACCAAAACAACCGGAGCUGGGGCCGGCCGGGCCUCCGAAUUGGGCUACUUUGAGGCUGCGGUGCGCAACAUUGCUGAAGUGGCGACAAGUGACAAGAUAAUUGUUGAGAAGAGCACCGUACCUUGCCGGACGGCAGAGAACAUCCGAGAAAUUCUGUCCGCCAUCGGUAGGCCUGGCGUCGAGUUUGAAAUCUUGUCCAACCCGGAGUUCCUCGCCGAAGGCACCGCCAUCGGCGACUUGCUCGAUCCGGGCCGAAUCUUGAUUGGUUCGCUCUCCACCGGAAACGGAUAUCGGGCCGCCGCUGCGCUUGCAGCAAUCUACGGGGCCUGGGUCCCGAAGGGUCGAAUUAUCACGACGAACUUGUGGUCCUCGGAACUUACCAAGCUUGCCGCUAAUGCCUUGUUGGCACAGCGCAUCAGCAGCAUCAAUGCUCUCAGCGCCGUCUGCGAGGCCACGGGUGCAGACAUCGAAGAGGUUGCGUAUACAUGUGGCUUGGACGAACGCAUCGGGCCGAAGAUGCUCAAGGCUUCUGUCGGGUUUGGCGGUUCGUGCUUCAAGAAAGAUGUCUUGAGUCUUACCUACAUCGCUGAAUCACUCCAUCUACCGGAGGUGGCUGCCUACUGGAAGUCGGUGGUUGACAUCAACGAGUACCAGAAAGAGAGGUUCAGCAAGCGUAUCGUGCGUUGCCUCUACAACACUUUGACAUACAAAAAGAUUGCCAUCCUGGGAUUUGCAUACAAGAAGAACACUGGAGACACUCGAGAAACAGCUGCCAUCACCGUCAUCAACCACCUUCUUGCUGAAGGCGCCAUCAUCCGAGUGUACGAUCCCCUGGUAAAGGAAGAAAACAUGUGGGAGGUUCUCGAGCAAAACAAUCGGGACCCGCUUCUUCGAGAAAAGGUCAAGGUAUGCCACGACGUUUACGAUGCCUGCGUCGGCGCUCAUGCCAUCGCGAUUCUCACUGAAUGUGACGAGUUCAGCAACAAAAAAGCAACGACGCAUGUAUCCCCGCCGGAGAUUCGCAGCGCACUGCAGGAGAGCGGCUUCAGCCGCGUGCACAAACUAGCACUCAUGCUGCAAACCCCGGAAACAGACCGCCCUGAGCUUCGGCAGGUUGGCACGGAUGUUUCGGUGAACGAACCCGCAGACAUGCCGGGGACGAACGGGUCGGCGCUAUGGAAGCUUGAUUGGAGCCGCGUCGCAACGCUCAUGCGCCGUCCGAUGUUUGUUUUUGACGGCCGCAACAUCAUCGACCCGUCUGGCCUGGAGACCCUGGGCUUUCGAGUCGAGUGUAUCGGCAAGACCCAUUCAGCGGGCAGUCGAUCCGACUCUCCUCGAUGUGUCUAG